UACUUCACGAACUAUAGUUGAGAACCACUGUCCCAGGCCAUUUCAGACAAAUGGAUGUCCAGCCUCUUCUUAAAAACCUCCAGUGAUGGAGCACCAACAACCUCUGGAGGCAAGGUGUUCCAUUGGUUAAUUGUUCUCACUUUCAAUUCUCCCACUUAGCAACUAUGGUAUACUAACCCCAAAGCAAUUCUAAAGCCUCCACAUUGACUGUCAUAUCUUACCCAUUUCUCUCUGAAACCCAUGGCUAUGCCUCUGACUUCAGUUCUGUAGGUUCAUUAAUAUCGUCCCUAACUUGGAGGUUUUCUAGUCCAGCCCUCCAUCCUCCACCCACCCAUGGCAGGGAUUCUCUAGUGACAGAGUACCACAACUCCAGGAAGCUUAGGUCUGCUUUAACUUAAGUAUAUGAUGCUUAAGUUGUCGAUCUUGGCACAACAGCUUCAGAUGAUGUAUUACCAAAUUAUAUGACAUUUAACAGUGACUAAAAUGUACAUUGGUUCCAACUACAAUAGUAAAUUAUCCCAUAUGCAAAUGCAUCAGUUGCAGCAAGGUUUCCAUUGCCCCUUAGGAAAGAUCAACCAUCAUUCUAGUCUCACUUAGAUUUUCUCUUGAAGACAAACUCAUUCCAAGUCAGCCCCACUAUACAACUUCCCCUACAGCAUCUUUUACUCUUCCAGAGUUCCCAUCAAACAACUCAUGCAGGCAUGUCUCUCAAUCUGGGUGGCUGGCCACAGUGCUCCAGCAAAGAUGCUUCUACAUCUUACAACUGAAUGUAAAUGAAUUCUUGACAGCAUGAAAAGCCCUCAAAAUGGCUGAGGUACACUUUCUGAUGCAAUUAUUCAAGACCACAGUCCUCUUUUAUCUGAACAAGUCAGGGGACGUAAAAUCCCAGAUCUGUCUAUUUCUUACCAUGAUUCAACUUACUGAAAUAGACGUUAUAUUAGUGAAUCAUCUCAGCUGAACAUCUGUGAUCGUACAUGAGACACAACUGGACAAAGGGCCUGCUUUCCCAGCCCUGGAAACAAGUAAUAUUUGUUUGCCACCGGAGAGGGCUCAGCUUGCAUUCAGUGCUGCUCUAAAAAGGAGCAGCCUCUCUUGGGGAGGGUUUCCUGCAUCUGCGGUUACUGCCACUGAUUCCUGGGCUGGACAGAGUAAUUCCCCAAACCCAACAAGAUGAGGCAAUCCCCAUCCCGAUAACUCCAUAGUGGCCACACCAACCCAUCAUUUUCUCUGUUCCAGGGGGCUCAGAAUUACCCAGCAUGCUUGCUGCUCCAUUCCCCCCUCUGAUCUCUCACAGCAUUCCCUGCCUCUCACGGCUUGGAGGAUUCAAGGGUUUCAGUGAGGAUAUGGCCGAAAUUCUAAGAACAACUAACUUUCCAUUUAUCCCCUGGGAAGAUUGCAGUGCCAAAUGCAGGCUUUCCACAGCAAAGGCUCCGUCCAUCUACAGAGAGGGGCUGCUGGUCACUGUAAGUUUUCAACUCUCCUGGCCGGCCAUUCACAAGGGUCAAAGAACUGACCUACUGAAGUUUCUUCCCAGCAAUCACAGUAUUUCACAUUCCGAUUGCCAAAAGUCAGUGUUUUCUCAGCCUUUAUAACCCCAUUUUUAAGACUGCAAAAUCAGUCUCCCUCUUAGAUACAAAUGGUCCUCACUUAGCGCCAACAAUUGGGACCAGAAGCUCUGUUGCUAAGCGCCACAGAGCCUAAGCGAAUCAUGUGAGCAUGACACGCAAUAUAGUUUCCUAUUCAGUCAUUAAGCAAGUCACUGCAGGUCAUUAAGUGAAUUGAACUCUUUCCUUCAUGGGAAGGAACCAUAUCUGUUUUCUCCCAUCUCCUGGGACCUCACCAAUCCUCCAGGAGUUCUUAAAGAUAACCAAAAGCUCACCUUUGCUUGUUUUUUUUAGUAUCCAACCAGUCUAGGGGAGUUAGCUAACUGCCCUUUACCCUCUCCUUGUCCAACCAACACCUGCCACAUCCUCCUUCCACUAGUGGGACAACCACGGAGAGCAGGAGUUUCACUUCCUUCCUAAGAAAUGUAAACUAUGAGUUGAAUUUUCCACCUUUUCACUCUUAUAAGUUUUUUACCCCUUUCCAUUUCACCUUUCUCUUCAUAACAGCCUCUUUGCCUUUUCUUUCAUGUCUGGUAGAUGCCAAAAUUCCAUUUUAUUUUCUCCUUGGUUUGAACAGCUCAUUCUGUGCAGGAGCCUUUUUGAUAAUCCCUGGAGUUUCUGACUGCUGCCUUGGAUCCUCCUCUCCUUGGACAUUUGUAUAUAUAUCCUUUUCCUUUUCAGUAUGCAGCUAGUCCUGUGUGUGUCACACUAGCCUCCCACUUAGAACAUGGCAGUUGCUCCUUCAAUAUUUCAUUUCCCAUUUUUCUUGGACAUCUUUUUUCUCUUUCAGUAUUUUAAACCAUUGGAUCUGACAUUUCUUCAUUAAAGUUGAUCAAAUCUGUUGUUCUGAAAUCCAAUAUUCAAGACUGUUCCUUUUUUCCUUGUUAUCACGAGUUCAAGGAUGUUUUCCUAAUAUUUGAAUUACAUUCAAUCAAUUUGGCUCUUUUUAAAGAUUAGAGCAGGUAUUCUUGUUUCCUUUCCCACCUUCUGACCCAUGAAAAUGUCCACAAGAGAGGAGAGAAAUUGGCUAGACUUCUCUCUUAGCAGAUUCCCAGGUGAUGUAAUGGCAACUGAAAUAAUCCACGAUCAUUACUGUAAUACUGCUGGGUCCUCACCAUCAUCUUGUUCGGCAGCCUGGGGCUCAAGGGGAACUCAGGAGUAUCCUACAAGAUGGACAGGUCAAGCCCGAGCAGGCAAGGUGGGAAAUUUAGUCACAACAAAAUCAAGGCAUUCUCUCCAAUGAACAGAACAGAAUACUUUAUUUGGCCAAGUGUGAUUAGACACACAAGGAAUUUGUCUCCCGUGCAUAAGUUCUGUGUACAUGCAAAACAACAAAGUAAUAAUAAUCGUAAUAAUGAUACCAAUAAGAGAAGAAAGUGGAACAUAUGAGGGGGAUAAUAAUAACAGACAUACUACAUGAGUAAAUAUACUUAGACAUAAGAUAGUAUUGUGGGAAUUAGAUGUUCAACAAGAUAACUGUCAAGGUUCCAACUGAUGGAACCAAAUGAAUCAGAACUCCAAGGCAUGAGAUUUCCUUAAAGAACAUGUUUAUUGGGUACAUAAUGUUAGCACGGUCAAAUGUGAAACCAAAUCUAAAUCAUCCCCCAAAAGGUUCAGAGUAAUUCAUUGUAAUAGUUCCCUCCCUUCUAUUUAGCUAUAAAUCACAUUCUCCAAUAGAACUACUUGGCAAGCAUUCUAACAAAACGUCCUUCCUUCUCCACCAUGGUGUGGGAAUGACCUUGGUUCUCACGGGAUCCAUUCAUGUUUAGACUAGCAGAAAUACCUCAUCCCCCCUCCUUUUCUUGUGGCAACCUAGAAUGACAAAGAUGGCUGCAGACAGGUUUGUUUGUUAUAGACAAUAACAAGCAAAAAGAAGAUUAUGGAAAAUUCCAAAUAGUCCUGGAUGAAAUUCUAUCCACUUAGGACAGAAGGAUUUGGUUCUAUCAAUACUGUAAAACCAUGUGAAAUUCUACAUAGGUGGCCAGGAUCAGUAAUGUGCUGUAUUUACUUUGUCUGAUUUUGAGGCCUUGGGCUUCCUCUAGGUUGAUGGGAAAAUUCUUGCAAGCUUAGUUCUCUGCUUUGAGUUGGAAAAUAGCUCUUUCCCUGAAAUACAAGGGCCUCUGCUGACCAUUGAGAGGCCUGCAUGUGGGGGCCCAUAAGGCUCACGCCCUGCCUCCUGACUUGCCACCAUGACUAACCUUUAACGUUUUUUGUCCAAGACGCAGAAGAAGCCAGUGAACCAGUGCUAAUAGGAGGAAGAAAAGGAUGCGGCUGGGCCAGAUGGCUGUGUUGUUGCUUCUCCUUCAGCACACUUCUGCGUGCCAGGAGCUCACUUGCUUCGCGGACUACAUCCAGAGGCUGGAAUGCACGUGGGGAAGCAGUCUCAGCCCAGCUCACAGGGCCCUCUACAACCUCACUGCAAACUGCAGAGAAGAAAUCCCAGAAAGCCUCCUGGGAGGGAUCAGGCAUUUCACUCCCCGUUCUCCUUCUGCAUCCCCUCCACGGACCCUGGGAAGCGACCUCUUUGCGGGACCUCCUGAGAUGCUUGCUUUCCCCAGGGACUGUGGAGAUGGCGGGAGCUGCUCCUUCGGCCUUACCGCCAGCAACGCCACCCACGCGCACUAUGCCUGCUUCUCAGAGCAGAAGCUGUGCUUUGCCACCAACGUCUUUGAGGUCAGCAUCGCCACCACUCUUGUGCAGGACCCUUCAGGGCUGCCCCAAGCCUGCAAUAAGACGUUCCAGUUCCAGAAUCACAUUAAGCCAUAUCCGCCAAUCCACCUGGCUGCAGUUGCAUCCUCUACCGGCUACAACAUUUCUUGGGAGACCAGAUACCUGGAUCAAGAGUACCACUCCCUAAACGGCAACCUGCAAUAUGAGUUGCAGUACAAGAAGAAAGGUCACCCUUGGCAGGGGCAGAGCCAGAAAUCCCUCCUGCAAGACCUACACAGCUUUCAGCUUCUGCCCCAGGAGUUGGAGCAGAACACCGAAUACGAGUUCCAGGUGCGGUCAAAGCCGGCCUCUUCUUACCAGGGAACAUGGAGUGACUGGAGCCCCCUCGCCUCCCUCAAGACCACACACAAGGUCUCAGAGCACGGCAGAGUCCAAUGGCUGGAGGUGGUCUUGCUGGUGAUCAGCUCCAUUGCUGCCCUCAUGGCCUUCCUGGGGUGGCACCAGAGGUUGUGGAAGAAGCUGGACUGUUUCACCCCCAGCCCAGCCCCCUUCUUCCAGCCCCUCUACCUGAGCCAUAAUGGAGAUUUCAAGAAAUGGGUGGGUGCCCCUUGCUCUGGAACAACCCUAGAUGCCUUUGAGUGGGGCAUAAUUGUGCCAGAGAUAUUUGGGAUUGGACACAAGCAUCUUCUUCUGAGUUGUGCUGAGGGAGACUGGAAGGAUGGCCAGAAUGGGCAGCCUCCAAUGUCUGCCCCGCUCCUGCCAGAACUCUUGCAGGCUUCUGCCAAAGACUGCAGUGCCACAUGGGAGCAGGGCUAUGGCCACCUCUCCAUUGACACAGUCAUGGUGGCAGAGGAACUUGCAACCCACUGCUCCCAGUGCAGCAGCACCCACCCAUGCUGGGCCCUGGAGGAGCUCCAGAAGGAGACGGAAACAAGCGAGAAGGAGACCUACCAUGGCCUGCAGUUUGACAGCAGCAGCUCUGGCCUGGGCUCUGGGUGCUUGCUGCUGGGGAACAAGAUGCCCCUGCAGGACUCCUUUCCCUCUGGGCCGGCCUCCUGGGCAAGCCAACCCCCCUUUGGCUCUCCCCCAGGAGGCCUGGAGGGAUUCUUUGGCCUGCUGCCUGCCCCCUCGCUCCUUGGCCCCUGCCUCUCUGCCCCAGCCACAGAGGAAGGCCCCUUCUGCAGGGGACCCCCGUCUCCCGACUGGGAUAUGGAAAGUGAUCCAGUCAACGGCCUGGAUCUGGACACCAUGGACAGUGGCUUUGCAGACUGCGACUGCAGGAACCCUGACGAUGGAGAGCUGGCAGCAAUGCCGGCAGGUUGCAGUUGCCAGUCUGAGCCUGGCCCUGUUGUGGGGGAACCCGAAAAAGAGGACUUUCUUCUGCCAAGAUAUGUCAAGCAGUGGGUGUAGCCCCAUGGCACUGAGGGACUCAGGCUGGCUGGGCAGGAUCUGGCCCAAGCAGGAUCUGGCCCAAGCGCAUCCCACACGCCUCUGACAGUCCUUGCAGGAUUGCUGCUGUCUCUCUUUCUUUGACCCAUGCCAGAAGGUGCCCACCUUUCCUUUUGUGAAGACAUGUCGCUCUCCAGCCAAUGCUAGAAUGGAGGACAUGGGUCUUGGGGCAUCAAAGACAAAAGGGAGAGGGAGUGAGCUCAGCUCCAGGGAUCCCGGCCUGCACCCAGGGGUGAAUUGGGCCAGCCCCCCCUUGGUUGUUCUUCCCUCCUUUCGGGCAAGCUGCAGGUAGAGGGGCCUUUUGCUUCUACACAAUGUUUAGUCGAUAGAAGUGCUUGAAGAGUAAGGCUGACCUACAGGAAUCAGGGAUUCCUACAUGUGUGGAUGUCUUGGGAUUGAGGCUCGUGUCAUGGGAAAGGCUGGUCUGGAUUCCCUUCAUGCCAGGGCUGAUGCUUUCUUAGCUCACUCAGAUGGACACCAACCAUCU